GUUAAUACAGUUAGCAAAAGAGAAAGAACAGAGAACAGAGAGGAGAGAAUUCCAUAGAAAAUGUAUGCGUCAAGCAAUUGCUAAACCCGUACUCAUGGAGCAUGUAUCCUCCUGCAGGAAGUUACGUCGUGGUUUCCUGAACUAACGAGUAAUUUGCUUGGUAUGACCGUAUGAGCCUGAUAGCCCUUUUCCCAGCUCUAGUUGAAAGCCCAUAACUCUCGCAGCUCACUGCAUAAAAGCAUGUAACUCCUCUGUCUCGUCGGCCUCACAUACUUGACUCAGACUCUCCUUUCUGGCCUAAAGGCUCGUCAGAGACGUGCAUGAGCAUGGGGAUCAAGUGGCUUCUAGUCGCACUCUGUAUAUGGGCUUCUUCAGAUUCCUUGGUUUCUACAACUUCCUCUGAUGGGUUGAUCAGAAUUGGUCUAAAGAAGCGUUCUUUAGACCUUAAGAGUAUAAAUGCUGCAAGAAUUACCAGUAGAGAGGUUUUUCAACCUAGAGGUCAUGGGGAUACGAAUGGUAAUUUUAAUGAUCUGAAUGCGGAUAUAGUAUAUCUGAAGAAUUAUCGUGAUACUCAAUAUUAUGGAGAGAUUAGUAUUGGUACUCCCCGGCAAAGCUUUACUGUUGUCUUUGAUACUGGUAGCUCCAAUCUUUGGGUUCCAUCUUCAAAAUGCAUCUUUUCUAUUGCUUGCUAUACCCAUUCUAAGUACAGGGCCAGGCUAUCCCAUACCUAUACAAAGAUUGGAAUGCAUUGCAAAAUCCCUUUUGGUUCUGGGUUCAUUUCCGGCUUCUUCAGCCAAGAUAAUGUCAAAGUUGGAGACUUUCUCAUUAAAGAUCAAGAAUUCGUUGAGGUUACAAGGGAAGGAUUUUUAACAUUCUUAGCUACAGAGUUUGAUGGAGUACUUGGACUUGGGUUUCAGGAUACAGCUGCCCGGCUAGUCACACCAGUGUGGUAUAAUAUGUUUGUACAACGUCACAUAAGCCAGCAAAUUUUCUCUUUCUGGCUGAAUCGAGAUCCAACGGCAAAAUUGGGAGGUGAGAUUGUCUUUGGAGGUAUUGAUUGGAGGCACUUUAGGGGUGACCAUACUUAUGUCCCCUUGACUCGCAGGGGUUACUGGCAGAUUGAGGUGGGAGACAUUCUUAUUGAAAACUAUUCAACAGGAUUAUGCAAGGGUGGAUGUGCUGCCAUUGUUGAUUCAGGGACAUCGUUACUUGCGGGUCCAACUACUAUUGUCACUCAAAUCAACCAUGCCAUUGGAGCAGCAGGAGUCGUGAGCUUGGAAUGUAAAGCUGUCGUUUUUAACUAUGGGAAUAUGAUAUGGGAAUACUUAAUAGAAGGAAUACGACCUGAGAUAGUAUGUGUGGAUCUUGGACUCUGUUUUUACAAUGGAUCUCGUUAUGUAAGCACUGGUAUUGCAUCAAUGGUUCAAAAUCGAACCUGGGAGGGAUCUUCAGUUGAUGAGAGUGCUUUCUGUACUUUCUGUGAGAUGAUUGUCUUCUGGAUUCAAGUACAACUUAAACAAGAGAAAACAAAGGAAAAAGUUUUUAAAUAUGUGAAUGAGUUGUGCGAGAGGCUCCCGAAUCCCAUGGGAAAGUCAUUUAUCAACUGCGAUAACAUUGCAGCCAUGCCCUAUGUUUCAUUCACAAUUGGAAACAAAUCCUUCCCCCUCUCCCCAGAGCAGUACACGCUUAAAGUUGAAGAAAGCUGUGCCACUGUCUGCCUUAGCGGGUUUAUUGCUUUGGAUGUGCCUCCUCCUCAAGGUCCCCUCUGGGUUCUUGGAGACAUAUUCUUGGGUGCAUACCACACAGUGUUUGAUUUUGGUAAUCUUAGGAUCGGAUUUGCAAAAGCUGCAUAGGACUGUGUUUGGUGUUAAAGCUAAGGCAAGCUAUAUGGUAAAGCAAUGAUACAUAGGAGGUGCACCAUACAUGACCAUAUUCAACUAGUUUAUAGGUACAUGCCCCUUUGACUUCCAAUGCACGGGGGCCUUGUGUAAAGGUAAUUGGUAUGUUCAUAAAUAAACGUGCCAUAAUUCCGUUUUAGCAUUAGAUCCUAGCAUCAAGAAGUGUUUCAUCAGUAGUCGUAUAAGAAAACUUCAGGUAUAGGUAUUUGCUUUACAUUUUGCAAUUAGUUUUUUUUUCCUGUAAUUGUGGGCAUGCAUGCAAUGCGCAGCAGAAAUUCGCCAUAUCAAGGUACUGACCAAAGUGAACAUGGAGACAAGGUGACAAAUUAGGACGAA